ACUGUAUUCUGUGGUUCUGUUGUGUUGGUUGUGCUGAUAGAUCUGCAUGGCGUCGCAGAAAAGGCGAAAAGCCUACCUGGAUCCUGAGUCUACUGCUUCCGUUCCGAGGGCUACAAAGUGGCGCCUUUCGAGUUCUGCCAGCGGUACUUUGGGUAGUUCACGAGCAUCGCGUCGGGCAGCAGUUCAAGCCGAUGAAAGUCCUUCCCCCUCGAAUUCGCCGCAGCCGCUGUGCAACAACUCUGAUGACGAAAGCCAAAGUUCAUGGCAUCGUACUGACACAAAUUAUGCCGACUUUGAGCUCACAGGUGAGAGUGACGAUGACUACAGCGACUGGGCCGGUGAAGACAGUGAACGCGUGACGUUUCCGUGCGGCACGUCGUUCUCCGACCACGAAGACGAAGUUCCAAGCUUCGAGUUUGACCAGCCAUGUGACUCGUUCAAUGUUGAAGAACUGGCGCUUCCGUUCAUUGAAGGUGGACGGCUCACUCGUGGAGAUGCAUAUAUGAUGCUCCUGGACAUUGCUGUAAAGUUCGGCUUAUCGUGGACUGCGAUUGAGGCGAUUCAGAAGUUAUUUAAUAACCUCCUUGAAAGAAAAGCGUUUCCUCAAAGCAAGUACCUCUUCAAGAAAGUCUGUGGGGUCGACAUGGACGAUGUGGUAUUCCACUUUUAUUGCUCGCACUGCAGGUUGCACCUUGCAGAUACAAAGGGCAACCUCGACGAGAGAAAACGCCUGCACGUUGUGUGCGACAUGUGCCGUACUCAAUACUCAGGCAGUGACCUCGUGCAUGCUGGAAGUUUUUUUGUGAGUAUGCCAAUUAAGAAGCAGCUUGCAUCCAUCCUGUCUAGCAAGACAGUAGGCUCCGCUGUUAUGAGCUCGCUCACUCGCAAACACAGCAGUGAAAGCGCAAUGAGCGACAUCACAGACGGUGCUCAUUACCACGAAGUGCGGCAGAACAUUGACAGGAGUGACAUUACGGUGACUGUAAACUCCGAUGGAAGUCCUGUAUUUAAUUCUUCAAGUUACAGCAUAUGGCCGAUUCAGCUCGCCGUGAAUGAGCUGCCGCCGCGACUGAGGUGGAACAAUAUCAUGACGCCAGUGCUAUGGUACGGGAAAGAACACCCGGAUAUGACCCUUGUACUGCAAGCCUUUGUGAGGCAGUUCGAGGAGCUCAACAAAACUGGCUUAAGAUGGGAAUUUGCAGGCACUGUGGUCAAAUCAAAGGUGUUCUGCAUUUGUUGCUGUGCAGAUUCCCCUGCUAGAGCUGCAAUGCAGCACAUGGUGCAGUUUAAUGGUUAUUAUGGCUGCAGCUGGUGCUACCACCCAGGUGUAAAUGUUGAUGGUAAGUGUCGCUUACAAUAGCAACUUGUUUCAAUAAACACUCUGGAAGGCACAACAAAUUUACCCAUGUAUUCACGCGUUUUUCUCAGAGCUUGAAUUAGCUUUGUGGACGCACAUUUGGACAGGUUUAUUAAUACCUUGUGUUUUUUCAUAAUUGCAGGUACUGUCAAAUACUGCCUUACCACACCCUUCCCGGACCGCACAGAUGAAGAGGCAAUUCAAGACAUGACGGACGCCUGCAACACUGGAACCACUGUACGUGGUGUCAAGGGGCCAUCGCCGUUCAUUAAUCUACAAGGCUUUAGCUCUAUUUGGUCCUGGAGCCCAGACUACAUGCAUAGCAUCUUGCUAGGUGUUGCCCGGCAGAUAACAGAGUUGUGGUUUACGGCAACUGGGGCGGACUAUUACUGUGGUGAGGCAUCGAAAGUGGCAAUCGUGGACAAGAGAAUUUCGUUGUUGAAGCUGCCGGAAUGUAUUAAUCGGCGGCCAAGAGCACUGCUGUCGCGCAAAUAUUGGAAAGCUUCCGAGUGGCAGUGUUGGCUCUUAUACCAUAGCAUGCCAUGCUUAGCUGAUGUUCUUAAUGACACGUAUGUGCGCCACUGGGGCUUGCUUGUUGCAGGAGUCUUUCUCCUCCUGAAAGACUCUGUUUCAAAAGCGGAAGUUGAACAGAGCACACUUCUACUUACGGAGUUUGUAGUAAAUGUGCAGUUUUUGUAUGGUAAGAGUGCGAUGACUUAUAAUGUUCACCAAUUGCUGCACAUACCAAAAUCUGUUCUUCUGUUUGGACCACUGUGGGCCCAUUCAUGUUUUGUUUUUGAGAAUAACAUUGGAAAGCUGUUAAAGCUGGUGACAUCAUCGAAUGGUGUGGCCAUUCAAAUUGCCACUCGACUACUCUUGCAGAGUAGCCUAACAUGCUUGAAGGCACUGGCAAGCAGCCACGGUCUCUCACUAACAGCUCAGAAAAAUUCUGAAGUCGACGAAGAAAGCAUUGUACCCUUUGGGAGGCCGAAAAUCAUUGAUCAGGCUUUUUGUUCGAACUACCUCCAGGGAAACGAGACUGCUGUUGAAUACCAGAGACUGAAGCUUCGUGGAGCUCUCAUUGCCUCAGAGAAAUAUACAAGGCACACCAAAAUUGAUUGUACUGCAGUAGCACUUCCAGAUGGCACCUACAUCAGAACAAAAAGAAUAAUAUGCUGUAGAGGGCCAGCUGCUGAGGAAGAAUUUUUCCUCUUAUCGAAUGUUUACGUAACCAGCAGUAGCGUCAAAAGUGCACAUAUAAGGAGAGCGAGGAAACAAGGGCAGGAGAGGCUGCACAAGAUCGAUGUGCAGGCACGCCCUUGCAUAUACUUCUCAGUAGAUGGCCUGGACUUUUUUUGUGACCUUGUAAACAGCCAUGAAUGGUCCUAAAGCAGGGACCUGUAUCUUUCGCUUUGAAGCAGCAUUGACGACCUAAUGUUUUUGAUAUGCUAAGUAGUUACCAGGGUCGAUAUCUGGUUAUCUCUGAGGUGUCCAUGCUGAGAAAGAUAUUUUCCGGACCUUGCCAUAAGUUCUUGCAAAUUAUUUUUUCUUUUAAGGUUUGAGUCUUGUUGCACGAUGUACCAUAUCCCUUUGAGGCGCAAAUUAUGAUGGAGUGUCUGUAGAUUUGUCAAAUUUCCACAACUUUAUUUCAGGAUACUUGAUAUUCUAUUGCUUAAAAAGAAGGUGCUAAUAUGUUUAUCUAUGCAUUUUCAUUAAAUAAUCUUUAUUAGUGCAUAAUUAAAGACCUAUUCAUUGUGUAGUCACAUAUGUCCAACUUUGGUAUAAAAAUUAUGCACUUUCUAGCUUGAAAUACAGUCAAUUUAUUAUUGGUUAUAUUCAUUCAGUGCAUGCGGCUAUAAUUUUCUUGUGCCUCCAGGAACAAGGCAUGUUGGAGCGGCUCAUCAAACAUGGUAGUGUCUUCAACAAAAUCCUGUGCCGCAGUAUACAGUAGAUUAAAGUUAAACGAGUGCCACUUGUCUACUUGGGAAGCAUGUACCAACAUGCACGUGGUGUUUCAAGUCAACUGAAGUAACACUCGGUGCGUGACAAGCCUGUACAGUUGAUGUGUACACUUUUACACUGCCGCUGAAGGGGGUAUGUGAUGUGCAUAGAACUUCUAGCGCAACAGUAUAAAAAAGCUUGGGCAAGUUGGUGUUCUAUAACUACCUGUCUCUUCGUGUGUGUCAUGUUUUUUUCUUUUAUGUCUUAUGCGAAUACAUGCAUGCAGUUAUGACACCAGGAUUUUGAUAAAACCUGUAGUGGUAGACUGUUAACAAUGCAGUGCAUUUCUCUAAGUAAUGCUUCAAGUGUAUUUCCUUAGUGUGUCUGAUAUUUCGCAAAUGUUCUACCAUGUGUUUUUUUCAUGUUCAUAUAAUGUGCCUGUAACCACUUAGUGAAUCGUGUCAAAUUUUCUCCUCAUAAAUAUACGAACUAUCAUUUUAAAGUGACAUUUGAUUACAGUAUGUAUAUGGCCUAAGCAAAAGUUGCUUAAUAUGUUUCACAAGGAAACUAAAAUUCAUCCAGUUAGGGGUGUCAGAAAAAAAUGACAGACUUGCUGCGGUGGUUUAGUGGUUAUGGUGCUCGACUGCUGACCCGAAGGUCACGGGAUCGAAUCCCGGCCGCAGCAGUCGCAUUUUCAAUGGAGGCGAAAAUGCUUGAGGCCCGUGUGCUUAGAUUUAGGUGCAUGUUAAAGAACCCCCAGGUAGUCGAAAUUUCCGAGCCCUCCACUACAGUGUCCCUCAAAUCGUAUCAUGGUUUUGGGACGUUAAACUCUAACAAUUAUUAUUAGAAAGAAAUGACAAAGAACCAUGCAAACAGACUCAUUUGUCAUUGUAACUAUUUCGUGCUUUAUAAAAAGCAUCCCAUUGCUUACAUUGUUUAAAUGAAAAUUGUGCAUUUGCCAAUACCACUUUUUAAGUGCAUGUUUGAUGGCUUGCCGUGAGUGACCGUGCCUUGUAUUUGGUUAAGUUGUGGCCUUAGUUUUACAAAUAUACACACACAGGUAUGCACACACUUGCUGGACAUGUUACUGUGUGUUUUAUUGUGUCAUUCUCCAAACUUUUGGAGAGACUUUCUUUUAUACAAUCUUGAUAAAGCCAUUGAUUGUUGCAACAACUAGUGUAAUA